AUGGCAUAUGCGGUGGAAGAGGUAAAUCAUAACAGCUCCCUGCUGCAAGGAGUGAAGCUGGGUUACCGUAUACUGAAUAGCUGUGGCCGAUACCCCUGGGUUCUGAAAGCAGCUCUAUCAUUGGUUGGAGGAGACGCACACAGCUGUAUCUCAACUGUCUCUUCUCCUCACUCUGCAGUUAAUGAACAAACUGAAGGGAAAACAGGUAUGGUGACUGACAGACAGUUUCUGGCCAGUGAGGCCUGGAGCACCAGUGAUGAACUUAUGCAAAAUCUUGCUGUCUCCAAGUUUUCAAGUGGUGUUGUUGGUGUGGCCAUUCGCAGUUCAACAAUCCCUGGAUUUGAAAACUAUCUCAGACGUUUACACCCAUAUGAUCGUCCAGAUGAUGAGUUGAUAAGAGAAUUAUGGGAAAAAGAGUUUGGAUGUAGUCCUGAAGCUACACAAUCCCAUCAAACACCUCUCUCGUCAUAUCCCUCUUCUCCAUCUCCUGCUAAUAACAGCUCACGCCCUUCACAGCCUUCUCUCCUGCCCAAACAGAGACAGUCCUACAAACAACAGCUCCACCUGCUCCUCUGCAAAACACAUCAAACCCAGAGAGGGGCUGAUAUUCCACCAAAGUAUGACCUUGUCAACUGGCAGAAAACCCCUGAGGGUUCACUUAAACUUGUGUUGGUUGGUCAUGUGGAUGAGUUUAAUGUCCACCUAAAUGAGUCAGUUAUCCAGUGGAACACAGGAUCCAAUGAGGUUCCUGUGUCAGUGUGCAGUAAGAGCUGUCCCCCAGGUACCCGAAAGGCCAACAGGAAAGGAGAACCUGUUUGCUGCUUUGACUGUAUUCCAUGCGGAGAAGGAGAAAUUAGUAAUAUAACAGGCUCCCUCCACUGUGAACGCUGUCCAUCUGAGUUUUGGUCCAAUACUGAGCGAACUGUCUGUAUACGUCGUCAGACAGACUUCUUGUCCUUUAAUGAAACACUGGGCAUUACUCUGACUACAGUCGCUGUGUCUGGUGUCAUAGUGACAACAGCUGUGUUUGUGGUUUUCCUUUACUACCGUCAAACACCUAUGAUUAGCUACAUAGCGACUUGCCCUUGUCUGAGUGACAGGCAUAAGUUUCCAAGUUUCUUCAGAACAAUCCCUAGUGAUGUUUACCAAGCUAGAGCCAUUGCACAACUGGUCUUACACUUCAGAUGGACUUGGAUUGGAGCAGUGGUGACUGACAGACAGUUUCUGGCCAGUGAGGCCUGGAGCACCAGUGAUGCACUUCUCCAAAAUGUUGCCAUCUCUAAGAUUUCAAAUGGUGUUGUUGGCGUGGCCAUUCGCAGUUCAACUAUACCUGGAUUUGGAAAUUAUCUCAGACGUUUAAACCCAUAUGAUCAUCCAGACAAUGAGUUUAUAAGAGAAUUAUGGGGAAAACUGUUUGGAUGUAGUCCUGAAGCUACACAAUCCCAUAUUCCAAAGUCUUCUCUACCACCCUGCACUGGGACAGAGACUCUGGAGGAUGUACAGAAUUUCUUUACUGACACGUCUCAGUUGAGGGUGACAUAUAAUAUCUAUCUUGCUGUUUAUGCAGCAGCUCACGCCCUUCACAGCCUUCUCUCCUGCCCAAACAGAGACAGUCCUACAAACAACAGCUCCACCUGCUCCUCUGCAAAACACAUCAAACCCAGAGAGCUUUUACAGCACUUUAAUAAAGUGAAUAUCUCCACACCACAUGGAGAGACGUUCUAUUUCCAAGGGGCUGAUAUUCCACCAAAGUAUGACCUUGUCAACUGGCAGAAAACCCCUGAAGGUUCACUUAAACUUGUAGUGAUUGGUUAUGUGGAUGAGUUUGAUGUCCAACUAAAUCACUCAGUUAUUCAGUGGAACACAGGAUCCAAUGAGGUUCCCGUCUCAGUGUGCAGUCAGAGCUGUCCCCCAGGUACCCGAAUGGCCAACAGGAAAGGAGAACCUGUUUGCUGCUUUGACUGUAUUCCAUGUGGAGAAGGAGAAAUUAGUAAUAUAACAGGUUCCCUUCACUGUCAACGUUGUCCAUCUGAGUUUUGGUCCAAUACUGAGAGAACUGUCUGUGUACGUCGCGAAACAGACUUUCUUUCCUUUAAUGAAACACUGGGCAUUACUCUGACUACAGUUGCUGUGUCUGGUGUCAUAGUGACAACAGCUGUGUUUGUGGUUUUCCUUUACUACCGUCAAACACCUAUGGUUCGAGCCAACAACUCAGAGCUGAGUUUCCUUCUUCUUCUGUCGCUGAAGCUCUGCUUCCUGUGUUCUCUGGUGUUCAUUGGUCGUCCAUCAGUCUGGUCUUGUCGGUUCCAGCAGGCAGCCUUUGGGAUCAGCUUUGUACUCUGUGUUUCCUGUCUUCUGGUGAAGACCAUGGUGGUUCUGGCAGCUUUCCGCUCAGCUCGUCCUGGUGCUGCAGCUUUGAUGAAGUGGUUUGGCCCAGGUCUACAGAGAGGAAGUGUCUGCCUGUUCACCAGUGUACAGAUCAUCAUCUGCAUCAUAUGGUUGUCUCUCAGUCCACCAGUACCUCACCGUGACUUGGGUAUCCAAGGGUCAAAGGUCACUUUGAAGUGUGCCAUGGCCUCUGUGGUGGGCUUCUCUCUGGUUCUGGGCUACAUCGGUCUGCUGGCCUGCACCUGCCUCCUCUUGGCUUUUCUUGCCAGGAAACUCCCUGACAACUUCAAUGAGGCCAAACUGAUCACUUUCAGCAUGCUGAUAUUUUGUGCUGUUUGGGUGGCCUUUGUCCCUGCUUAUGUUAGCUCUCCUGGGAAAUAUGUGGUUGCUGUUGAGAUUUUUGCAAUCCUGGCCUCUAGUUAUGGUUUACUGUUCUGUAUCUUUGCUCCUAAAUGUUUCAUCAUUCUUUUCAGACCAGAGAAAAACACUAAGAAACACCUGAUGGCGAGAUAG